CCAAUUCAUUGAUAAGCAGAAUUUGGGAUUUCUAUUUCGCUCCUUCUUCCUCCUAUCGUGUUACGGUCGCCGGUGAAAAUCUCUUGUCGACUACUCCCAAAACUCCGGAUUUUUCUUUCAUUUCGUUUCUGGACCCAUCGAGAUCGCCUGAACUUCUCGCCGCGCUAGGUUAAGGCCGGUGAGGAUGUCUACUUCUGCAAGGAAGAGACUUAUGAGAGACUUCAAGAGGUUGCAGCAAGAUCCGCCUGCGGGCAUCAGUGGUGCUCCUCAAGACAAUAAUAUCAUGCUAUGGAAUGCCGUUAUAUUUGGGCCUGAUGAUACACCUUGGGAUGGAGGUACAUUUAAGCUGACUCUUCAGUUCACGGAGGAUUAUCCAAAUAAGCCACCGACAGUCCGCUUUGUGUCAAGAAUGUUCCACCCUAAUAUUUAUGCUGAUGGAAGCAUUUGUUUGGACAUUCUGCAAAAUCAGUGGAGCCCAAUCUAUGAUGUAGCUGCUAUACUCACCUCUAUUCAGUCGUUGCUGUGCGACCCGAAUCCAAACUCUCCUGCUAAUUCUGAAGCUGCUAGGAUGUUUAGUGAGAACAAGCGUGAGUACAACAGGAGAGUACGUGAGAUUGUGGAACAGAGUUGGACUGCUGAUUAGCCACAGAAAUGGUUGUAGGCGAACAAAAAAAGAUAGUCGAGUGGCUUGUUUGCAUGAUAUUGUGCCUGGGAAGAAAACCAAUUUGCUGUGUAAUUUGCUUAUUAUGUGAUAUGCUUGCUUGGUCUAUAAAGAUGAACUACUUUGGUCUAUUUCAAUUUGACUAUCUGGUCUAGUA